AUGUACUCACCCACAGCACAAAAUGCGAUAAUCUUCUCUUCUUGUCUCGCUCAUUGGCAGUUUCUUCAAGACAUCUUAGAUCUCAGUGUGCCUUAUACUCAUCUGAUUGAAGAUAGACAAGAGAUUGUCCACUAUGUUGAUCGAAUCUACUUCCACGCUCAACAGAAAGCAAAGUUGCUCUCCAAUAUUGACAUCAUGGAGAGUUUAUCAAGAGUCUUCCCUAAGUACAUUCAACUCCUUACAACAUCAGGAGGAGACAACCGUAAUUUCCGCACCCCUACCCCGCCGGCAGUGCCCCUCCCAAGCUCUGAUGGUAACCCAAACGACCCUAUGCUGUUACCCAACGGCAGGCAUCCAUACACUCUGUUGAGACCCGGAGAAGUGGCUCCUUUCAAGCCAAAGCCUUUAUGCUUCAAUGAUUUAAGGGAAGCAUUACCAGCCGUCGUCAUGGAAACAACCAAACGAGAAGCUGUCUGGAGUGAAGGAUUAGGAUUAACUGCGGCUGCGCUUAAUCUGGAUCUACAAGAAAAGGCCUCAUCGGAGUCAAUACUAAACCAGUCUUCGACGCCCCAAGAAACUGCCCCCUCCUGGACCGUAGAUUCUGCCCUAUUUAAGGAAGACUAUGCCGUUAGCGAAGAGGAAGAACCGCUUCCACCACCCGAAGCAAUGACAGGCAAGGAAGCAGUGGAACUAUUCGGUAAGGGUCGUCAUCUUGGCAAAGCUAAGUUUGUGUAUCUGAACAAGACGCCUAAUCGUCACUUCCGUCCAUACGACCUGAUCGCUGUCCCUAAACACAAGGCCAACCCCAACGAGCACUGGAUUGUUUCCUGUUUUGGCAUCAUGCACAAGGUCAAAGGUCAAACAUCGGACAGUAUGCCGCUGUAUGAAUGGCAUCGUGAAGCAGUGAUAUGGAGUACAUUGACUAAGAUGCCAUUCUUUAAACACUUCCUCAUCAGGAAGACAUUCAAGAGGUGGCUUUCAAACAAGAAGCUACAGGAGUUCUGUGCCAUUCGUCAUCAUAUAAAGAAGAACCUUCUCCAAGCUGUACCGCUAUUUGGAGCUGGACUUCUUCAAGUCUCUAAGCUUCUUCAGGAAUUAUCCACAGUCAGAUUUAUUCCAUUAGAUCAAGAUCGUUGUUUCACCCUCGCUGAGUUUGAACACACUGCUAAGAUAAAGCAGCGGGCAGGAGAAGGAAUCUUAGAGAAAUUCUUCAGUUACUGUAAGCUGAUAAUGGAGAGAACCUGCGAGGAUUCCUUCAGCAAACUACAGUUCUGUGAAGCUCAGGCCAAGAAAGAUAAAGCACUCUUUUCCAAGGAAUCUCUGUUUAUCCAGAGACAGAAGAAAGAACAGCGAGAGAAGAACUUGAGGAAAGCUCAAGAAGAAACGAGGUGUUUGGGUAAUUUUGUCCAGCUAGUAGACAAGAUUCUCCUAUGUCAUCUCCUGAGUCUAGCUAGAACCAACAUUUGUCAGUUUGUGAAUAAUACAAUGGCAGCUGGAUCUAACGCUAAGAGAGAUGCGCUGUUUGCUGCUAAGCUGAUCUUCAAUGAUAACAAUUCCCUGAUCCUGUACCCAUCAAGAGAGACAUUCACUGACAGUCUGUCGGCCAUUCUUCACGAGAUUCCAUCAUUAAUCAGUAAUAUGUCUCACCCUAUGGAGUCCGUAGCUAGUGGAUGGGUAGGUGGGGACAAUAAACCUCCCCUAACAACCCUGUCACCAAGAGUUGCCCUCUCACCAAGAGCUACAAGCAACCAAGAAAGAUCACAGCGUGCCGAAUCGAACCCAGCCCUGUCAGUCACCCAGAAAUCCACCGCAACCCGUCGUUCAGCCGUCACCAUCAAAUCCAAAAUGACUACUCAGACAGAUGCAACCUCAGAGGUUGACUUACCCCCUCUGGAUGAAGACUCAUCUAGUCUAGGAUCGGACUCUCCUGAUGGUGCUAGUGACUAUGGUAGUAUGGAUGAGACAGACUUUAAUGCUGAGGAGAGUAAUACAGAGGGAGGAACGACGCUUAGUGCACCAGUCAUGUCAGAAAGAGUGGAAAGAACCAAAUCAUCAGACCAUCUAGGGGUCGCGACCCCUGACCUUGUAUUGAAGACUGGGUUCCAGGUUGACCUACAGGUCAAAGGUCAAGGUAUGAUGGGUCAAUACAGUCCGCUCAACCAGAACAACCUAAUCAACACACUGGAGAAUGAUGUUAAGGUUUUGGCAGCGAUGGCCAACUACCAAUCGUUGUUGGAAUCAGCAAUACAAGAUAUCAAUGAUUUCUGUAAUGAGCAUUCAUGGUUGAGUGAGAUACGAGAAUUCAUCUUGAGUUGGAAACCUGAGUCCGUUCAAGCAUGGAAACGUGCUCAGGCCUACACCAUCGAGACAAAGCUUGGGCAGAUAAGAGACUGGACUGAGAAAGUCCGUAAUGUCGACCGCUCAUUCCCGACUAGUAACGGACUCUUCCAAGUUGACUGUAAUGCAAUACAAGAAGAUCUGGUUCCAGCCUUGAACUCCGCCUUUAAGGAUUUGCUGAACUUUGCAGCGAGCGAAGGACAGAAAUUCUCUCUUGCUUUCAUCUCUGAAGUCAAGAUGGUAGUAGAGGGCAUGAAGAAUAAAGACACAGACAUUGCAGUCUUUGCUAACUACGCCCAGCAGUACAGCACAUAUAAAGUCAAGAUGCCCGAAUUGCAGAAAGAAGUUGAAUAUGUCAAGUCACUCUUUGAGGUGAUCAGACUGAGCUAUCGCUCUUUGUCCAUCGAUGAAGAGAAGUGCGAGGAGAAAGUUUGGCAGAGUUGGGAAGCGUUCUUACUCCAGCUUCAAGAUGCUGCUGAGUUUGUGAAUACUCAAACUCCGAUUCAGAUGAGUUACCUUGAAGACUCACAUGAGAAAUUGAAUGCCGAAGCUUUACGAAUCUCUACCACGGCAACCAGCGGUGAUUACCUAGAUCCAGCUAAGAACCCUACUCGUCUUCUAACAUCACUGAAAGCUUUGAUUGAAGAAUUCCAGAAGGUCCAGACUCGUAUGAUUCAAUGCAGUAAUUACAGACAGAAGAUUAUGGGCCAGACCUUUGAGACGUCUCAGCUUACUACAAUGUUGUCUCAUAUGAAGAUAAGAUUAACGCUGUGGAGUUAUCUGGAUGUAUCCACGUAUAACAUCAAAGACUGGAAGCAACAACUCUUCCGAAAGAUGAAUGUGACCAAAGCUUUAGAUAAAGUGACCGAGUGGCAGCAAGCGGCCGGCCAGUUGAAGCAACAACUUCCUCUCGGGGAUCAAGUCUUAUCUUAUUGGUAUCGUUUCUUAUCGGACUUCAAACAAGAUCUUCCUCUACUCAAGAAACUAUCCAGUAAUUCACUCAAGCCACGUCAUUGGAAAGCCUUGUUCCUAAGUCUAGGCCAGGUCUACGAGUCGUCUCACGCUUACACCGUUCAGGAACUGCUGUCCUUUGAUCUGAGUGAACACAGCUUACAGAUUAAUACAAUAUGUAACGGAGCAGCUGCUGAGUUUGCUCUGGAACAAUCACUGAUUAAGCUAAGGAGACUCUGGGAAGAUAAAGAGUUUAAACUCGCUAAGCAUAUUCCAGUUGUCAAAGAGAAGAAAGCUGUACUUCCCAGUAGUAGCUCUAAAACCAAGCGAGGGCCUAAAGGAAACACUAGAGAGGCAGCUACCAGACCAUUAGCUGCAACCAUGCCAGUUAUUACAACACUCCCUGAUAUGUUUAUUCUGAUAGGAGAGGCAGAGCUUAAAUACAUGCUGGAGGAUAAUCUAGUGACUCUGCAAUGCAUGCUGGUAUCACCACACCUUGCUGAUCUACGUACAGAAGCAGAGGUCUGGUGCUCAACCCUCAAACAAGUGGAAGAGAUACUGGAUUUAUGGACUGCAUGCCAGACUAAGUGGCUGUAUUUGGGACGAGUAUUUGGGGAUCAGGAGUUGAGAGAAGAAUUUCAAGAUCUUGCUUCCAAGUUCGAUGAUGCGGACCUCAAAUAUCAGGGUAUCAUGAAAGCCGUUGUAACUGACCCUAAAGUCAUGUCAGUUCUUGAGAAGCGUAAAGGUCAGAAGGGUUAUCGCGAGAUACAGGGUGAUGUACUCCGAGAACUUCUGCUAUCAUUGAUCAGUACCCAGGAGGAAAUCUUGAUGGAUCUUCAGUCUCUACUCAACAAGAUCCGCAUGUCUUGCCCUCGUCUCUACUUCCUUAGCGAUGAGGAGCUCAUCGACAUGCUCUGUAUGACUCGAGAUAAACGUCGUUGGGUUCCUCUAGUACGGCAAAUCUUCCCUGGAAUCCACGACCUUCAGUUUGAUCUUCCUCCUGCGUCUAAAGAAGAAACUGGGAUGAUGCAGACAUCGUUUGAUUUACAGCUUCAUGCCAACAGACUUCGAGUGGUUGCUAUAGAAGGCAGCCUGGGAGAGCAUGUUCCAAUGACGUCGCCUCUCAAUCCCAAAGUUGAACCCCCUCAAUGGAUUUCUGGAUUGGAGACUAUCAUGAGGAACUCACUUGGGUCACAGUUAACGGCUUGUUUGGAGACUAGGCUUGGAUCAGAUCGCUCAGCCCCUGAUAAGAUCCUUUCUGAGUUGGCUCUUCUAGAGACCACAGCGCCCUCUAGUGUGAAGGAGGAGAGUCAGUUGAAGGACGCAGUGAAGAAGAGUUAUCAGCACUGGUUGCUGCGGUUCCCAACGCAAUGUGUCGUCAUCACUGAAGCCAUUAUAUGGGCUAAGGAUGUUAGGAGAGGUCUGAAGGAUGGAAGUAAAGAUAAACUCCAGAAGAUCAGCGAUCGUCACCAGACCCGCCUUGAUCAAUACGUCUCCAUCUUAAGAGAUAACUGCAGCCGAUAUCUAGCAUCAGAGACGAGAACCAGACUGCAGAUACUUCUUGGAUGUCUCAUCAACCAGGGGCUUCAUCACAGGGAUAUUCUCAAUAAUUUGUUGUCCCUUCCUGAGCCAUCCUUGAGUAGUUUUGAUUGGGCUAAGAUACUACACUAUACAAUGGAAGCAAGGAUGAUGCUACAAGUACAACCUGAUGUGGAUCCAGAACAAGAUCCCAUUAAUGUGCUUGAUCUUCCACCGACACCCAGACCCUACCAGUACACAUCCACUACAGGGAGGAUCUUUGGGCCCUGUACACUCCAUCAGCUAGGAGCUUCAUUUGCAUAUAAUUAUGAAUAUCAAGGUCCUGAUACACCAAUGGUUGCUACACCAUUGACUGAUAGGUGUCAGGUUGCCAUGACGACAGCAUUAAGGAGUUUCCAAUGCGGGACAGUAGAGGGCCCAGAGCAGACGGGAAAAGCUGAGACAAUCAGAGAUUUAGCCAAGGUCAUGGGUCGUCACUUGGUGACCUUUAACUGUGCCGAGGCAACCAACAUGAGUAUACUGAGCAGACUACUGAGUGGUAUGGUGCAAAGUGGGAGCUGGGUGAUGUUCAAUAACUUGAACUGCAUGACUGAAGGUUUAAUGUCGGUGUUUGGUCAGCAGUUGGCUCAUCUCUGCACUGCUCUACGGAUCCUCCAAUCUCCGUUUAGUAAUCAAUACAGAACAAGAGGCUCCUCCAAUCCUCAUCCUCAACGGCAACGAAGAAACUCUCUUGCUACUCUACAUUCAUCUUGCCCAGAGGAGCACUCAGAACCAACAAGACGUCGUGUUUCUCAUUAUCAUAGAAAGGAGCCCAAGCCAUCAGCCAGUUAUCCUGCUCCGGAGGUCAAAGUGAAGCCUGAACCUCAUACCAUUCACAGCAUACCUCAGAGGCGACAUUCAAUCAGUAAUGGGUACGAGGUACACCUCAAGGAUCACUACAUGCACCCCAGUCGAUCUGUUCCUCUACUCCCAGAUUUAUACGCAAAGGGACCACCACCUCAAGCCAAGGACCCAGCACCUCUUCCUAUGCCAUGGACCUACAAACCAACCUUCUUGGGUCAUGUCAUGCUAAACAAUACCCUCAUGACAGCGAGUAGUAACUUUGGUUGCUUUGCAACACUCAAUACAUCAAGCUCUAUCACUCAGAAGAUCCCAGACUCGAUAAGGUCGUUGAUGCGUCCCAUGUCUAUGAUCAAGCCAGACUUGCGCAUCAUCCUACAGAGCUCCCUCUAUUGGCGGGGUUUUGUCGGGGCUGAUGCACUAGCAUCCAAGUUAUGCACUUUUGCUGACCUGUUUCAAACACAAUUCCCCAAGAGUCGAGAGUGUACAUUUGGUUUACGUACACUCCAGUCAGUGAUUAAGAUCGCAACUAUCAAGCUCUACGCUAAGAAGCAAGUGUACCAGCUCCCAGGGCGAUCAGCGACUCGUAACAGCAGCGUACUCAAUUCAGAAACAGGCUCAGAAAGUACCCUGAUGGACUCCGAUGUCCCUACUCUUGAGCAAGACGAAGAACACCGUGAGGAAAUUGCAAUCGUCUUUGCGAUCCAGUCCGCCCUCCUCCCAGCCCUGCCUAUCCCAGAUGAUGCUCGUAUUGUUAGGAACCUUUUACGUAGCGUGUUUCCCUGGGGUGGGAUGGGACGUCCAGGUACCACGAGUCAAGAGCAUGAUCCAGUGUUAGUCGACUCGAUUCAGUGCCAGUUUGUUGCUGAUAAACUACAGGCGACACCUCAACAUGUUAGCAAGGUACUGGAGCUUUAUGAUAGCUUGAAGGAGAAACAAGGCGUGAUCCUCGUCGGACCAGCUGGUAGUGGCAAGACAGUCUGUCGGGAGACUUUAUCUCGAGUCUUGAAUACUCUCCACACGACCCCACCUACCAAGGAAGAAGAACGGAGUAUCCCAGCGAAGAAAAUAUCAAUCACGUCCUCAAGUGAAGUUGAACUUCGUCGUUCCCACACCCUGGAGAAGAUAAGACGUACCGCAGGAACAGUGGGUAAGAUGAGUUUAUCUUGGAUCAAUGCAGCUACUCAAGGAGUCGAAGAUGUUGUGUAUCCAGAGGUCAACACGGACGUCAUCUUCCCUGACUCUUUAUCAGUACAAGAGGAUCAGCUUUCAGAAACUUGGAAGCAGCCAAAAUUUGUUUGA